GGAUCCGCACCUAAUGCAUGAAAUAAAAGGCGGUUGGCACAGGCAGAAUUUACCUGUUGCGAAGGUCUACGAUGAGGGGGCGGCUAUCCUUUCGGUAACUGUGCAUAUGAUAUAGCUAUAUGAUUUAUAUUUCUAUUCUUUAGCCUAUAACUUGGGUAUCUUUUCGUGGACGUGAUGUGGCUUUUAAAUACCGAGAAGCUCACUCUUGAGUAUUUUAACGAGGCUCAAGUGAAAGGACUUCCGUAUGCGAUUCUCUCACACACGUGGGGAUCCGAUGAAAUUCUUUUCCAUGAGUUACGAGGGGACCAGAAAGCCCUACAAGGAAGAGCGGGCUGGGCAAAGCUGGACCGCUUCUGCAAUACGGCGCUGACGCAUGGUCUUAGAUACGCAUGGAUGGACACAUGCUGUAUUGACAAGCGUAACAGCGCCGAUGUAUCUGAAGCGAUCAACUCUUCAUAUAAAUAUUACUAUGACUCUGCGGUGUGUUUUAUACAUCUCGAAGACGUGUAUAAGUAUGCGGAUGGGGCGAGCAACUCACUAGGAAGAGCGGAAGUGACUAGAGACCAACUUCUUGCAAGAUUACGGACGACUCGCUGGGCAACAAGGGGGUGGACGUUACAAGAAUGUAUCGCUCCCGAACGACGACGCUUUCUCGCUUCAGAUUGGUCUGAGAUCCAAGAUGGAGACGACUUGCUUGAUGCUCUUGCUGAAUCCACCCGGAUCGAUAAGGACUUGCUGAAGGAUAGAGACCUUCUACGCAAUUUCUGUAUUGCCGAGCGGAUGAAAUGGGCAUCUAGACGGCAGACAACGCGUACUGAAGAUGUUGCGUAUUGCUUAAUGGGCAUUUUUGAAGUCCAUAUGCCAGUCUUGUAUGGGGAAGGGGCUAAAAAUGCAUUCAAGAGACUACAGCGUGAAAUCAUGCAGUCAUCUUUGGACACGACUAUAUUCGUGUGGCAUGGAAACUAUGAGAGCAGCGGACUCUUGGCCCAGUCGCCGUCUGAUUUUGCGGAAACUCCGCCCUUAGGUCUAUGGGCGCCGCAGGACCUAUCGCCAUUUUCGAUGACGAACAUCGGGGUCUGUAUCCGUCUUAAGAUCAUCAAUGAUGGCAACAAAUUGCUUGCGGCUUUGCAAUGCAAUGUUCAAACGCCAACAGGACAGUGGGAAACCCCCAUGAUCUAUCUUGAGCCCGUGUUGGAUGCAGAUUUUGUAGUUCAAGGCAAAAGAUGGCGGGCUUAUAGGAGGAUUCGGUGUGCGGAACUGUUAACGUUGCCCUCCAAACGGCUCGAGGGUUGUUCUUAUGAGGAUAUUGCUGUUCUACAGGAUGAACAAUAUGAGCUGGUAUGCCAGACUAAAGAACACCAUGUAUCGCGUAGCAUGGCGUCCGAGACAGGUUCGAAGUAGGUUUUCUACUUUGUACAUAGUAGCAUGAAUGUAGCAUGAAGGCAGUUGUGUUGUCGGUCCUCACUUCAUUUACAUUCCCCUGAUGCAUUAUUUCCAUACGUGCGUUAUCCCUAAACAGGCAGUACAAGAUACUAACCUACCUAGCUAGGCUAAGCGCUAGUACCUGGACCAUUGCUUUUAAAACGGCUAGAGCUGACGGGUUGGAAAGUUCAAAUUUCGAGAACACGAGACUACCUUGUCUUGGUAUUCUCUUGUCAAUCGGGAAUCGGCAACCGGGAACUCCCAGAAUAACCUUAUCGAAAGGUGUGACAAGUGGUCGAACUCUGUAUUCAAUUCUAAAUGUACCUGCCUAUAUCAAUAUUACUACCCAUUUGCAUUGGCAGUCGCUUGGCAAUGAGAAAAAACAAGAGAGAGCUCUUGCAACCGGUAGGCAUGUGCAUCCAUGGGGAUCGAAUGAACGAAGGGAGAGAGUUAUGCAUGACGCGG